CACUCAGGAUAAAGAUAAUGAAUAUAUGUCAACGCUGUGGAUGAAUAAAGUGUCAGUAUCAUAUAACAAAGGCAAAUAAAUCGUAUACAUUUUAAACAGGAUAACUAUUUGAGAAUACAUAUAUACUCAUAAUGUUGUCUUCUUCUUGCGUUGUCACAAACGUAUGCUAAUUUAAUCCUGGGGUAGAAGUUAGAACUCCCAACUCUCGUUAAGUAGUCUAAUUCUGGAUGCGAGUGUUCAUCGUUUACAAAUUAGGCAGCAAUGGCGAACGAGGUUAACAAUCUCUUGGAGAAUGUGUUAGAGGAAACGGGAGGGUUAGGCCGAUUUCAGUUCAUCCUCAUCGCGCUUAUCAAUGUGUGUAAGGUUCCGGUCACGUGGUCUGUGUUGAUGAUGAUGUUUGGAGGAGCGACCCCCGACUGGUGGUGCGGUGGAUCCAGGAAUAGUUCUCUAGCAAAUCAGAACACAGAUUCUCUUAAUGGCAGCGAGUGGUUGAUGACGUCAUCAUAUCAAGUGUGUAGUGUAAACGGUUCAGUCGCCUGUGAUGAUAGGUAUUUCGAUCCCGAUAUGAAUACCGUUAUAAGCGAGUGGGGUCUGGUGUGUGGUGAGAGCUGGGUCCCUGGUGUUAUUAUCAGUAUACAAAUGGUGGGACUGUUGACCAGUGGGUACCUAUCGGGCCAGCUAUCAGACUUAUUCGGGAGGCGGUUGAUACUAUUUCUAGCCAUUCUAUUGAACUCCAUCACAAACUUUGCCGCCGCUUUCUCAAGCUCUUGGCAGAUGUUCGCUGGCUUCCGGUUCCUGAUUGGCUUUUCUUGCGGUCUGUAUCUGGCGACCUACCUGACUUACCUCAUUGAGUUCACCCCUCAAAAAUACCGACCGAUGGUCCAAGCUGUGCCCUCGUGGUCUCUCGGUGCCGCUGCGUACGGGCUCUUGUCAUGGUUACUUCAUGAUUGGAGAUAUUUACAAAUGGUUACAGGGGCCUUUGGGUUACCUUUCUUGGCCUGCUGGAUCCUUAUUCCAGAAAGUUUCCGAUGGCUGGUUUCUCAUAAGAAAAUAGAUAAAGCAAAGGAAGUGAUCGAGAAAAUAGCAAAGCUGAACAGAGUUGCGGCACCUGACCUAAAGGAAAUAGAGGUCGCUUUACAAAAGUCGCACACAGUCGACCGGAAGUACACUGUACUUGACAUUUGUAGACACGGUUAUUUGCUGAAGAGAGCUGCAAUAGUCUCAUUUGCCUGGAUAGCUAUGGCCUACAAUUAUUAUGGAAUUUCCUUUGGUGUAGACAAGUUAUCUGGGAGCUUGUACCUAAACAUGUUUAUUCUAAGCGUGUUAGAAAUUCCGGGAGCUUUCCUGUCCUGGUUUUUCAUGAACAAAAUCGGACGCCGGAAGUCCUACUUCAUCUUCACCAUGCUGUCGACUGCUGGAGCCGUAGCCGUUGGAGUGACUGAAAAUUUCGAAUUUACCAAUCAAGGCUCAGUCAUCAAUGGCUUUGCUUUCUUGACGAAAAUUGGCGGAGGCAUGGCGUGGUCGUGUGUGUUUAUCAUCACCACUGAAAGUUACCCUACUGUACUAAGGACAACCGGAUAUGGUUUGGCAUCUUCUCUGUGCAGAAUUGGUCCAAUUCUUGCCCCGCUUUCCCUAAGUCUGAGCGCCACCCUUCCGGGCUUCCUGUACUUUUCCUGUGGCGCUGUGAGCUUUAUUUCCGGUCUAUCAAUUUUCUGCAUUGCUGAAACCAAGGACAAGGCGCUGGAGGAUCUAAUCGGCUCGGGUCACGUGGAAGAGACAGUUAUAGUGGCAGACAGUGAGACCGUCGUCGAAACAUCGAAGUGAAUUACAUUUAAUCGCGCACAAACUCUUAUAUCAACAAUUGUGCUCACUUGUUACAUAAAUAUUCAAACUGACUUCGUUGAUAUUUGAUGUUUUCGAGACUUUAAAAGAAUUGACGAUUUCAGAUACAAACCUCAAAUUGUAUUGGAUCAAUAUUCUAUUUUGUACUUUAUUUUCAUUACUCUGAUCCAGAAUUAUAUGUUUUAUCAAAAAUAUUGAGUAAAUAAAUUCACAAACCUACAGUC